GGGAGUGGGGGGAGGGCGGGCCUCGCGGCGGGAGCUGGGUGGGGAGGUCCGUGUGCGGCGCGGGGGCCCGGGGCCUCGGCGACGACCGCCGCUCCUCCCCGGCCGGGCGCCCCCAGCCUCGGCAAAGAGGCCAUGGCGGGCGGGCCGGGUUCCCGCCCCGUCGGGCGCCCGCCGCUCGCCUGGCCUACGGCAGAAGCGGACUCGCAGCCCUUGAAAGGAUGUUUGCCUUUAAAAAAAAAAAAUUCUCUGAUUGGGAUCCGUGAGUGUUCGGGGCGACGAGGCCUCGGCAGGGGGGGCUGGACGGCCUGGGACUCCCGCUCCCGCGUUCGUUCGCCGUGGCAGCGCCGUACGCAGCGGGGCCCGCGCUCGGGCCCCCGGGCCCUGCGGCUCGUGCCGGGGCCCUGCGGCUCGUGCCGGGGCCCUGCGGCUCGUGCCGGCGCCCUGCGUGGAGGAGGCGGGCCGCUCCCGCAAGGGAAAGUUUAGCUCGCGUUCCUGCCGCUUUGCUUGUGUUUCUGUCUCGGCGUCUGCGGUCUUAAUCCCUUCCCUCCCCGCCUCUGUGGCAGAUGUGCAAGACACAGAAAAAGGGAAAAACGAAAACAAACCCAGAACAAACAAAAAGAACGCCUUCUCACUUCCUUACCUGCGGGUCCCACUCCGGCGGGGAUUAUUUUUCCAGGGCUCCCGCUGAGCAGAAGCAUCCGGUGCCUGGUGAGGAUGGGUGUUUUUUUUUACGAACAGUCUUCAUGAGCCGAUGUGCUCCUCUGCUUGCCAACCAGGAGGUUUGUAGUGGUCUGUUAUUGCCUGUGCUGCUUGAUUCCUGAAUUCAGCUGGGAUUCUCCGGAACGUCUGCUCAAAAAAGCUGUUUGGAGGUUAUGGAUGGUAAGCCUGAACCUGGACCCCUCAGUGAGAACUCAGAAAGUCUCUUUUCCUUUGGAGUGAUAGCAGAUAUUCAGUAUGCUGAUUUGGAAGACGGCUAUAAUUUUCAAGGAAACAGACGGAGAUACUACAGACACAGUCUUCUUCACUUACAGGGUGCUAUCGAACACUGGAAUAAAGAAAGCAGCCCACCCUGUUGUGUACUUCAGCUUGGAGACAUCAUCGAUGGAUAUAACGCGCAGUAUAAAGCGUCGGAAAAGUCACUAGAGCUCGUCAUGAACACAUUCCAAAUGCUGCAAGUCCCAGUUCAUCACACAUGGGGAAAUCAUGAAUUCUAUAACUUCAGCAGAGACUAUUUAACAAACUCCAGACUUAACACAAAGUUUCUGGAAGACCAGAUUGCCCGUCAUCCUGAGACUGUGCCCUCAGAGAAUUAUUACGCUUAUCACUUUGUACCAUUCCCUAAAUUCCGGUUCAUUUUACUAGAUGCUUAUGACAUGAGUGUCUUGGGCGUGGACCAGUCUUCUCCAAAAUACCAGCAGUGUCUGCAGAUGCUGCGGGAGCACAACCCAAAUCCGGAGUUGAAUAGUCCUCAAGGACUUCCUGAGCCCCAGUUCGUCCAGUUUAAUGGAGGAUUCAGCCAAGAACAGCUGAACUGGUUGAAUGAAGUUCUUACGUUUUCUGACAGAAAUGAAGAAAAGGUGGUGAUUGUGAGCCAUCUUCCCAUUUACCCCGAGGCCUCUGACAGUGUGUGCCUGGCCUGGAAUUACAGAGACGCCCUGGCAGUCAUUUGGUCUCACAAGUGUGUGGUGUGUUUCUUCGCUGGUCACACUCACGAUGGUGGCUACUCUGAGGACCCUUUUGGUGUGCACCACGUCAACAUAGAAGGGGUUAUUGAAACGGCUCCGGACAGCCAGGCUUUUGGCACAGUUCAUGUCUAUCCUGACAAAAUGAUGUUGAAAGGGAUGGGCAGAGUUCCAGACAGAAUUAUGAAUUACAGGAAGGAAAAAGCUUUCCAUUUUUAGUCUGAUUUUAUUUACUUUUAUAGAAAGAGACCGACUUGGCUUUGUGGUUUCGUUCCGCAGCCCCAUCCCCAAAUCCUCAGUCUCGUUGUUUAGUGUUCUGUUUGCAUAACAAAUAGCCAUAACUGACUUCAGUGUGUGUUAGCUCCUAAGAUAUUCUGAAAUGUUGUUUUUGGAUAAUAUAACUUAUGUUGAAAAUUGGAAAGGAAAAAAAAAAAGAAAACAAAGAAAAUUGGAAAGGAAAUGAAUGAAAGUAGCAUGAAUAAACCAGGAAGGAGACUGGGGGAGGGAAUAUAGUCCUCCAAACAGACUAUUUAGCCUUACCUGAGUUUUUUUAACUUUUUACAAGGAGAGUGUACUCAUUGCUGAUUAGCUAUGUAACUUAAAAUUCAUAAUAAAAAAGAUAUAAAAUAAGCUCGGGUAAACUUUUUCCGUUUAUCCAGCUGUGUGCAUGAGCUUUGGACAUUUUUUACUCAGAGUACCCAUCAUAUUUGUACUUUCAUACAUUUAUACUCCUAUUUUGUAGGUCCAAAAUAUCACCCGUUAACUUCACAGAUGAACAAAUGGCACCCCCAUUCACACAGGUGAACGUGGGGUCUCCCUUGAGAGUCCACAAAGCAGGACCAGUGCAGCUGUGUGCCUGCCAGCAUGUCUGUCUGGCCCCCCAGCUGGUGCUGCAUGAGCCUAUAGUAGGGAAAUGAAUUUACCCUUGACUCCCUUUAUAGGCAAACGGGGCAUGUUUAAGUGAGUUGUCAUAUAUUCUAAGGCUUAUUUGCAGAAACACUUACUCAGUGGCAAAUGGGGACUGUUCAAGUGUAGAGAAAGUUUUAUUCAGGGCCUAAAAAAACGGGAAGACAAAAAACCCAGUCAGCAUAAGUGUGCCUGCUGAGUACCGAAGCUAUGGGGGUACAGAGGCGUUUUAGUUUCCACUGGCUGCUGUAACAAAUUACCACAGACGUGGUGGCUUAAACAACAGUUCUGGAGGUCGUAAGUCUGAAAGCGGCUUCCCUGGGCUGAGAUCAUGGUGUUGUCAGGGCCAUGCUCUCUCGGGGGCCCUGGGGAGAAGCGGUUUCCUCGCCUUUUCCAGCUUCUGAAGCUGCGUCUCUUGCAUUCCUUGGCUCAUGGCCCUUUCCUCUGCAAAGCCAGCAGCGCAACUUUUUCCAGUCUCGUGCGGCUUUGUCCUCACAUGCCCUUCUCUUCUAUGUAUUCAGAUCUCCCUUUGCUUCGCUCUUACAAUUGUGAUUACAUUGAGGGCCCACCCACAUCAUCCAGGAUAAUCUCCCCAUCUCAAGAUCCUUCAUCUCAUCUUGUGAUGUAAGGUUACAUUCAUAGGCUUCAGGGAUUAGGACCUGGAUACCCCUGAAGGCCGUUACUCAGCCUAUAGACAUGACUGAGGUGCUCCCUGCACUCACAGACUUUCCCCAGGUGAGAGACAACCCUGGAUACAAGUGUGUGAAGAAAGGACAGUGGGAACACGAGGAGGGAUUUAAUUUUGUUUGAAGGGAAUAGGGAUGUCUUGAAGAAGGAAGGAAAAUGGUUUAAACAGGUGUGGAGGUGCAUUUCAAGUAGACAGAAUAGUAUAGUGUCACAGGAUAUGCUGAGUUUAGCAACGGCAAGUGAUGCUGUGAGGAUUCACUGGACGGCGCUGCAACGGCAAGCCAUGAAGCAGGGCAGGACAGGCUGGGACUGCAUGGGGAAGAGCCCUGAGUGACCAACUAGAGUAAGAACUAAACUUGUCAGGUGGCGAGGAACCCUCAGGAGUCUGAGCUGGGGGAUAUAUGAGGAAAUCUGUUUCAAUUCCAGGCAGUGGAUAACGGAGAGGCUGAUGUAGAAGAAUGACAAUGGGGAGAAAAAAGAUUGUGAGGGUGGGAAGACAGAUUUUGACAAUAGAACUAUUAAACUUACUACUAAUAAUUAUUAUUCAAUUCAGUUGAAAAAUAGAGUUUAAAAGCAAUUUCAGUAAUACUGUCUUCAAAAGGCAGUACUUUUCCAAGUUAAUGCCUUUUAUGUGCUUAUGGGGAUACAAAAGGAACUGUGUAUAGUCGCAGAAUUCAUAGUGUGAUGUGGGAGAUGCAGAUAUGAUGAAAGUGUGUUUUGAACAUUAGUUGUUUAAAACACUGGAACAUUACAGUCUUUUAAGCACAGAAUCAAGCAUUACUUGGAGGAUGGGUAGGUCCUAUAUAGAAUUUGGAAAUAAGCCUGUAUCUUCAGAUCUAAUAGUUAUACUAACAGAGGUAAAUAAAUAUGCAAGGCAGAUGUACACCACAACACUGAAAUCCUUUAUUUGUAUUUCAUUGACCCUUAAAAUAAAUUUCACUUUAAUUGCUUUAAUAGCAACUAGAUUUUUUUUCUUUACCCUCAUCCAGAUCUUGAUAGAGAACUUCUGACUAUCCAGUGGCUAUUGUGUAAAACAAAAAACAUGCCUAUCUCCUUUAACAAAUAUUUAUAGAAUACUUAAUAUCGUAUUGAAGGCUAUAAAAAUAGAGACAAACUACCAGGCUCGUUUUCAUUCUGCUAAUGCUUUUUGAGUCAGAUAUUUCCUAAAUCUCAUGAAACUGUCUUCACUAUGGAGUCUGAUGUAUAUGUGAAAGAGUUGCUGUC